ACCAUAAAGAACCUCAGACAAGACAUGAAAAGUGGAUACUGAAAGACAGAAGGACCAAACCAAAGACCAGAAGAAGACCACAGUUCCAGAGUCAAGUUCAAGAAGAAAAACAAGUUUGGACGGGGGAGGAGUCAGAGAAGAUGGAGUGUUGGAUCUGUCUGUGUUGGAUUUACUGUUGGACUGCUGUGGUCUCUGCUGAUCUAACCUACACCAUCCACCGCACCAAGCUCAGCUUCAACGAAGCCAAGGACAGAUGUUCCCCAGCCGUCCUCACAACCCUUGCCACCCAGGAGGAGGUUAGCAAAGUCCUCAAGUCCAUCUCCACCUCACUCUCACCUGUCCAGCAUCAAUUUACCUUGUGGGUUGGGUUAAGGAAGCUGAAGAAUGAGUGUGUCAUUCCCACACUGUCGCUGCGAGGAUUCAAGUGGACUGACAACAGUGGCGAGGAGGCGCAGGUGAGUCGCUGGAGGGAGGAGCCAGAGGAAACCUGUACAACAGUUCGCUGUGCAGCAAUAACCGGCGAAUUGACAGGGUUGUCCGUGACUGACUGGGGUCUGAUACCUGUCAGCUGUACCAACAGGUACCAGUUCAUCUGCAAACACAGAGAUGGACAGGUGGCAGGACCAGAAGACCCUGCACCUGAGACCAUGGCAUCAAAAACAGAACUCAAAACACUUGAAACUCAUAGUGUGACACCAGACCCAGACCGUACAAAACUGAAAAAUGAGACUACUGCACCAGAUACAGAACCUAAGGAAACUGAAACUGGCAGUGCGGCAAUAGACCUAGACCCUGAAAAACCCAAAACUGCACCAGAAGGACAGGGUCCACCUGUAUCUGACUUUCCUACACCAGUAUCUGUCACAUCUGAACCUAAACAUCCAGAAGCAGAGGACGAGCUAACAGCUGAUCUAGGUCUUGAACCUAACCCUAGGCCCCCAUUUGGAUCUGUGUCCUGUGCAAAUCCAAUAAUCAAUGGCUCUCGCAUCCUAAUCCCAGACCCUGACAACAGCAGCAGAAUGGGGGUGGACUGCUUCUCCGGAGUUCGACUAGAGCUUUUCUGUUUGGAUGCUAUAUGGUGGCUGCUGGAUGCACCUGUUAACACCAGCUCCGCCUGUUGGCCCUGCCAUGCCGGCUUCAGAAAAGACAUUUAUGGAAACUGUGUGGAUGUGGAUGAAUGUGUUGUUGGCUCCUCCCCCUGCAGACACACCUGUCUGAACACCGAGGGCUCGUUCAGGUGUAUCUGCACCGACAGCGAUGGAAAACCACACCAGGAGGGAUCAGCGGAGUGCAAGGACACUCUGUCGGGAAUCCUGUUGCUGGUGCUGGUCCCUGUGGGGGUCCUUGUGGUGCUGGUGGUGGGCAUUGUGGUGUUGGUAAAGUGUUGUCUGAUGAGGCGGUCGAAGAAACGUGCCAUUAAGAAAGCGGAGAAGAUGGCCAUGAAGAAUAAAAACAGCAAGGAGUCCUGUGAGACAGCCAAUGAGAGGACAGUGGCUUGACAGAUCCGUCUGUUGAUCAUGGAUCAGAGACACCAUGUGUCUGGCCCUAACCAGGGUUAACCCUAACCCUAACACCAGUGUCAUUGUCCUGUCUCCCCUAAACUUAGGCACAUUGUUUCUCUGUGAUUGAGUUUCCAACAUUACAGAAAAGCACAUUUAAUUCAACAUGGUUUUAACAGUUUAAGCAUCAAUAAAAAUGGAGAAAUUGAAUUUCAUCAUGUAUUUUUGUAAAUUUAAGAAAAAUUAAAUUGAGCGUCUGUUACACCUUA